UUUGAAGUGACACCACGACCCCAUAUGCAAAAAAUACUAAGUACCAAAACGAGAAAAGGAGUUGAGGAUGGAUGGAUCUCUCCGCGUCGAUACUGGGUUUGAAACACAGGUAUGGGCGGGGCUUGGUGCUUCAGCCAGUGCAGCCAAGAAAGCUUGACGAUUCGCAGUUGGGCUACUGGUGUCGAGCAGAAUGUUUUCAUUGAAAUUUAUUUACCACGGCAAGCAUUAAUGAGAUUGUACAUGGGCAUUCACGUUAUUAUAAAAGCAACCUGAUAUUUGAUGAUAAAGUGAAAAUUGUUUUUCUUGGAAGAUGUUUUAGGAUCUGGAAUAUCAGUCGAGAAUUGGAUUAUGCACACCUAAAAACUUUUAAAAAUGUUUAAGAAACUCUUUGGCACCCUAUCUGGAAAAGAAGCUGGUAGGUUGUGGACAACCUCCACAUUUAGACAAACCACUGGCUUUGGCCCUGGAUUUGCAAGUGGCCCUGGAGCUUCCACUAAUACCACUGUUUCUGUCUUUGAGGCAUCUACUGGAACUUCAGCUCGUCUAUCUGGCAUCAAUGGCAGCAGCUUUUCUUUACAGAUGCCUUUUACACAAAACAAGCCUGUUGUUUCUGGGAGUCUUGGAAACACUACCAACAUUGGGAAGCUGCUUAUGACAAAUAACACUGCCUUCAGCCCAGUUGUUAGAGCAAGGCACUCAUUAUUUGGGUCAGAUAGUUUUGAAACUGCUGCGGUGGGCACUACUAUUAAAUUUAACCCUGUAAUGCAGAUGGAAAUAAUGGUAGAAGCUGGUGUUAGCAGUAAUAGCGUGAAAAGGUUUCAGUGUAUAACAGCUAUGAGGGAGUAUGAGAACAAGUCUCUGGAGGAACUACGUCUUGAAGAUUAUCAGACUGGCAAAAAAGGAUCUCAGGAUCUGAUAGCAGCACCUGGGCAUUCAUUUGGUACCUCUACUGCUACAUCGGUUGUAUCCAGAAAUCUUUUUGGAGCUGCAAAUACCAAGAUGUAUGGACAAACUGUUGGGUUUAGUGAUGGAAAUGUAAGUGACUCUGGGACUUCUGCUUUUGCAGCAAAUACUUUUGGCAGUCCUGGAUCCACACAGCCUAAAUCAGAAGGUCUGUUUGAUAUAAGCACCUCCAACCAGCCAUCAACCUCUUCCACUAUUACUGUUUUUGCCUUUGGUGCAUCUUCUGGGACUUCAUCCAGCCUUGCUGGUUUUACCAGCACAGGAAGUACAGUCUUGUCUUCCCAGAAUCAUCAUAUGCAAAAUAGGCUUGGCGGAUCUGGGAGUUUUGGAAACACUGUUAACAGUGGAAGGCUGUUAAAUGCAACCAACACUACCUUCAAUCCAUUUGUUGGAGCAAGUACCCCACUAUUUGGGUCUUCUUGUUUUGGAACUAGCCCAGUAAGCACUAAUAUUAAAUUUAAUCCUGUGCUACAAAUGGAAACCGAGAAAGACGCUGGUACUAACAGCAGCAUCAUGGUAUGUCUGCAAUGCAUAACAGCUAUGAAGGAGUAUGAAAGCAAGUCUCUAGAGGAAUUGCGUCUUGAAGACUAUCAGGUGGGUAGAAAGGGAUCUCAAAAUCUGUUAGGACCAUCUGGAAGUUUGUUUGGCAACCCUAUUGCCACAUCAACUGUAUCCACAAUCCUCUCUGGAGCAGCAGCUACCAGCCCCAUGUUUUCAUUUGGUGCAAACAAAACUACUUUUGGAACAAUGUCCACUGCAUUGAGAACCAGCACUAGAGACCUCUCUGGUCAGCAGCUCCAGCCAGGGACUGUCUUACUUAACAAGACAUUUGUGCAGUCAUCAACAACACCAAAUACUGGAUUUCCAUUUGGAAACACUAAUAGUUUGAGUCAGUCUAGCAUAAGCAGUGUGAGCUUGUUUGAGAAAGCACCAGCUUCACAGCAAGGUUUAUUUGGAGCCAGCACAACUAACACUGUAACUGGAUGUGGAACAGGACUAAGAGUCUUAGGAACACCAGACACAACAUCUGGUAGUGUUGGUACUCAGAAUGUGUUGGGGAACACAACUGUUGGGUUCGGAACUAUCGCACCUUCAUUCAGCAGUACUGGUAGUGGAGCCCCAGUGGGUGGCACUAACCUAGUAACUGGAACCCAGACUUCUGGAUGUGUCAGUACAUCUGGGACAGCUGUCACAUCCAGGCAGACCUCAUUCUUUGGGAACAAGCAGCCUAAAUGUGAUAUGACUACAGGAUCACUGCUUGGAACAACUGCAAUUAAUCCUACAGAGACAGUCUUAAACUUUGGAGCUAUGCAGUCCCCAGUGGCACUAACUGAUCUUAAUGCUGCAGCUUUUCAACAAGUUGAUAUGCAGCAGCAACUAUACAGUUUGAUGUAUUCUCCCUAUGGUGACUCACCUCUGUUUAGAAACCCUAUAUCUGAUUCCAAGGGAAAAGAAGAGUGCUUGAAACCUACAAACACAGCUACCCAAAAAACUGUAACUACAUCAGUUCGUUGUAAACUUAUUCCUUAUCCACCCAUACAAGUUCACCCUAAAGGUUUGAAAAGAGUUAUAUCCCCCAAGUCACCUUUAUAUGAUGGAUUAGAUAGUGAUGAUGAUUUUGAUGAUGACGAUGAUAUAUUUAUGGGUUCAAUAUUAUUAUCUAUUCCUACAUACUAACUAAUGUACAUCUCCCUAUAAUUACACAUAGUUUGCUAGUUUUAUUCAUAGACAUUCCAACAAUGUUAUUGAUAUACUCUCCUCUUUCUUUAGGCCUAAUUACUUGUAAGACUUAUAACAGAAAUCAGUGUUUAAUGGAGUUCUCUUUCCCAUAUUUAUUUAAAGCAUUAGUCAUAUGCAUCUUGCAAGAUUGUUUGAUGUCUGGGAAUACCGGUGGCAAAAACUAUUAAUUAAUAUCAUCUUCCCUAAUCUGUACAGUGUCAGUUUUGAAAUAGGUUUUCAGUUAUUUCAGAUUGCAACACAAUUAAUGUGGUUUAUUUGGCUUUUUGUAUAAUGAACAAAAAAAAAUGUAUGUUCAUAAAAUUGUAAGGAAAUUAAAAAAAAAAAGGUUAAGUGAGCAUUUAUAUGAUAUCAAAAACAUGUACAGCUCCAGUUAAAACACAGAGGAGAAAGCUGAGCAAGCACAGAUCUUUAUUGAAAAAAAAUAGUGCUUCCAUCCUCCAGGAUGGAUUCCUUACAAGACUUGUAAUUUUUUAAAAUUUUCAUAAUAUGUAUAAUAUAUUUAUUUAGGUGCGACUACUAUAAUAUAUAAUAUAAUAUGUCACAAACCAACUAUCCAGAAAUUGAUGCUGUACUAGAAUACUUAUCCUCAUAGUAAUGCAUCAAAAGAGUCAACCACUCAAAGAUACCUGUGUAGUUGCUGGGCUGAUGGGGAGACCACUAAUUGCCUGAUAUGGUAAAUAGAUCUACUGCUAUCACAAACAGCACAUGGAGGGCAAAUACUGCUCCUAGAGAAAGCCUCAGGUAAGGGAAUGAGUGUGGCCCAGUGGUGGAGUGCUGCCACUUCUCAUCAACAUCAGAGUGGCCUCAGGAGAAAACUUGAGAGCCAAAGGGUGCGUGCUUUUUAUCCCUGUGGUAACAGGAGGGGCCUUUUUUGCACAUAAACAAGUUGAGGACUAUAGAGAUAUUCUCCUAAAAAGGAGACCCCCCCCAGAACCUGUACAGCUUGCUGAUGAUUUGGAAAGGAAUGGGGAACAUUAUUGAACAAGCAGAAGCAAAAGAUGGAAGCUACUGCAAGAUAGUGAACAAGUUAGGUCAUCAAUGGAGGAAGACCUGCUGAGCACUAAGUAAGGAGGACUAGCUUGUGAGAAGUGGGCUUGUACGUCUUUGGGGCAGAUGACUAAUAGAUCAGAAACAGCAUCAUUCUGCUUUAGAACAGAGUUUGCAAGUUCCCAAACUGGGGUGAGAAAUCCAGUUAGGGGAUGCCUGAGGGGAAACACUCUAUCUGACACAAUGCUGUGCUGUAGCGUGGGACUGUUCAAGAGUAAGAAUGGAGUAUACAAUCAGUGGUGAUUCCUUGGUCCAGUACUCCUUCAGCCAAAUAAAAGGAGUAGUGGUCACCAGCCAAUUAUCAGUACAUAAAUUAGGGAUGGUUUUGGGGGUUAGUUGAACUAACGAGAAACAAGCUGGUCAGCAGUCUCAAGUACGUGUACCACUCACAGAGGUCAGGAGCCAUGACUGGGAUGGAACUCUAGGAAAGUACAGGAAAAGAGCUCAUUUGCUGUCUAGCCAAGGGUUGCUUCUGUUAGCAAAAUGGUACAUGGUAGCCCCUAGUGUGGUAGAAGGUAUGGAGAGGCACUGUCCUAGAAAAAUCCAUUGCUGGUUAUCACUAAAAAGAAGAAAGAUGUACACAAUGGGCCCAUCCCCAAAUGAGUUACCACUAAAACUAUACUGUCAGCAUGUUCAUGAGAUAAGUCAGUUGGGGAAAACAAUGCAAAGGGAAAUAGGUGAGUAGGGAAAAUACAACCAGUAACCCAAGGAAGAGGAGAACUGAUAUCAUACCUCUUUGUGAAAGAAGAGUAAUCUACCAAAACAUGGUGGCAGCCUGCUUGUGGCUGACACUCUGGAGUCAAACUCCCCUAGGGGAAACCAUAAAGAGGUUGCAGGGCUGUACUCUAUCUUGGGUCAGCUUGAGUAUAAGCCAAUCGUAGGUCAGCUCUUUGCCAAGUAAUUACCCAACCAGGUGUCAAGUCAAGUAGCUGGCAGUCACUGAUGUACCAAUCAGGAAUGACCUGAAAAGUAUCCAAACCAAUGGAGAAACAACAACAACAAACAAGUACCUUCCCUGAUGUGAAGGGGUGCACAGCUCUAAUCAGAUCAGGUACAUGGAUGCAGAAUUAGUGUCAGAGAAUAAAUGGGAUAAGGGCUGAUAUGCUGCCUGACUUCAUACUAUAGUCACCAACCAUAUUCCACAAGCAGGACCUAGGGUGGUAAUCACUGAAUGAAAGUCACUUUAUAAGCAGCAUAUGUCCGCAAUAUGCUAUGAUGGUCUUCUACCCCUUUAGGGGACCUGGAAGCCAUUCAUUACCGAAAGGAGUGACCACUUUUAGCUAAUCAGAACUAAAGAAUCAUGAGUACCAGAACUAAACCCUCACCCUAAGCUUCUGAACAGCCUCAGGAGCCCUGGCAUACUUGCAGACAAAGUGCCAGGGAAGGAGAAGGGCUUAGGUCAGUUGAGAUAUGCUAUGGAGAAGUGUCACUACUGGCUAGGUUACUGAGCCAGGCUGCAAUGGGAAAAUACUGUAGAGGGUGUACUGUGCUGAGAACCAAUCACAGGAACAGAAUGACCCACGGGCAUGCAGAAAAGGGUCACUAUACAAACUCCAUUGCAAUUAAACCAAACAGAAACAGAAAAAGAGGGUGGCUAGGGAACUGACAUGGCCUGACAAGAAAAGGCUGGGGAAAAGCAUCACCAUCAAUAUGCUGUUGAGAGGAGGGUGGUGAAACCCCUGGGGACACUAAAAGAGGAACAAAAUAGAUGAACAAGGGCCACUUGUACAGCAGUAAAGGCUGCUGCAUUUCAUUUUGUGACAGAAAUGUAGAGGGCUAUUAAAUGUUCACCCUGUUAAAGUAAUCUACAGGCUUAAUAAUGGAUAAAGGAAAAACAAGUACUCAGAAUAAAAACUGUCCCAGCCAAACCUAACAUGCAACUAUAUGCAUUCAAACCAUAAGAGAAUAAACCCACUAAAACUAAUAACCGUAACCAGAUAUCACCAGAAACUAGAAUGUAAAGUGUUAGUCAAAACUGUAUAGUAAAAAUGGUGAGCAGUCAGUCUUAUUGAGCUAUCAAUAUCCCAGUCUGACCACACCUAAUGAAUAUAAAUCACAGCACUACCAAACAACUGUGUUGUCAUCCACAAGUCUGACGUGAUAUGUAGUAUACCACAAGUAAAUAAAAUGAAACAAGCAGACAAAAUACAGGUACUGCAUCUGAAGAAUUCCUUUCCUGUAGCUGCAAGGACAAAAAUGUGUUCACAUUGUUUGUUAGGAUUUCUCCUAAGGCCAUGUAUUUGGAGCCUUGUUGCUCCACAUGCACAUCUGAAGGUCAUCUCUUUGUAUAGAUAAUCAAUCCAAGUAGUAAGUGUUGCUCCACCAACAAGCAGCACUUAUUUCCUUAUCCUGGGAUUUCGAACAGAGUCUCACCAUGUCCACUUCUAACUGGAAUGGCUCUAUCCUCUCUAUUAGAUAACUGGCCACCUGCCUUCUUGUUCAAUGGCUCCCUCAGGCAUUUCUGAUUCUUUUUGAUGAAUUAGUGUGAUUGUAAUCUAGUACAGUGAUAUAUAUAUUUAUCUUACAUGUUUGACUUUACGUGCCAAUGUGAAAAAUGUAAAAAGCUGAAAAGUCCACAAUGUUGGAUGAAAGUGUGAUCAUUUUUAGUGAAGAUCCAUUUUUGCUUAGUUUUCUCCCACCUUGGGACUAGUCUGUACUACAUGUUUUAUUUUGUGUUUUCCAGUUGGAUUUUGGUGUAGAAAUGGGUAAGAAACACCUAAGGCAGUUUUUAAGGUGUAUGUGUAGAUGAUAAUGUCAAUCAUUUUUUUCUGAUGAAGUGUUCUGCGUGAAAAAUUUGUUAAGAAUAUCUUUAUUUUAACAAAAGGUUUUAAAUUGGAUUUUUAUUUUUGUUUUUAAUUUGGUUUAUUAUUGAAACUGAUUUUUUUCACUUUUAUUUGUUCAUUUUAUUUACUUAUUUACUUGCUUAUUUAUUUUUGCCCCUUGCCUACCAACCAUUAAGUCUCUGUCUUCCCUGUGACCAGUCAUUUCCCAAUUACUAUGGCAACAGACAUUCCAGAAUGAACAUCAUGGAAGCAAUCCUAUGGGAUUUUCCAUUUUUCUAACUUUAACCCUUCCACUUUGAAUAUGCACAUCCCCAGACCCUUUCUAUGAAGGUUAAUUCAUGGACAUGGUUUAGCAAAGCCAGACACGGCCCCUGACCCACAUGUAGCAUGCCAUACAGCAUAUGCUGCCUACCAGGCUCCUCUUAAUGUCCAGUUGCUGCCAUCACUGCAGCAGGCCUCACAGCCUCCCAUCCCUAGUAUAGGCUAGCCAAUACUGGUCACUCAUUCCCACUUUUCUUCUCUGUCUUCUCUGUGCUAGGUUGCUAGUCCUGGGAAAUGGCUUGUUUUGCUAACAAACUGACUUCUAUUUUACUGAGGGUAUGACUGAACUCCACAUGCUGAAGAUCUUACCAUUGAGUCACCAAGCUCCCCUUAUUCAAAUGAGAAAACUGUUCAAAGCCAUCAUAGGAAAAAAAUCUUGCUAAUAUGUCACCUGCCCACUCUAGACCCUUAGGUUAUUAACAUGCCAAACUAUAAUGCCCCAGAUCCAGGUACUAUUUUAACUGCCAGGAGAAAGGUAUGAUCAUACUUGUAUGCCGUCUGUGUAAUAGAUGCUUUGUAGAAAAGCACCUGCUUGCAAAAGCCAGGCUUCAUCUGUAUUUCUGGAAAUAAAUGUUAUGCUAACAA